GAUGCAGAAUAGAAAACUGCGACUCCUGCUUUAGCAGAGACUUUUGUACCAAAUGCAAAACUGGCUUCUACUCGCACAGAGGCCGCUGCUUCCGAGGAUGCCCCCCAGGAUUUGCAGCCUUGGAAGAGCUUAUGGAGUGUGUGGAAGGCUGUGAAGUGGGUCAGUGGAGUGAGUGGGGAACUUGCAGCAGAAAUAACAAAACAUGUGGAUUUAAGUGGGGCCUGGAAACGAGAACAAGACAAAUUGUGAAGAAGCCAGCGAAAGACACGAUACCGUGCCCAACCAUUGCAGAAUCCAGACGGUGUAAAAUGGCCAUGAGGCAUUGUCCAGGAGGUAAGC